AGAGGAGAGAGAGAUAGAGAGAGAAUAGCAGGACAGACACGGUAGCGUGGAUUAGGGAGUUGAGAAGGUUUCAGUCUUACCUCAAGUUAAUUACAUUUAAUUACCUGUUGCUCACUGGAGGAGAACAAAGAAAGGGUAAACAAUAAGAUCGAGAGAGAGAGAGAGAGAGAGAGAGAGAGAGGGGGGGGGGGGGGGGACCAGGGGUAGAGAGAGAGAGAGGACCAGGGGUAGAGAGAGAGAGAGAGAGAGAGAGAGAGAGAGAGAGAGAGAGAGGGGGAGAAACCAGGGGUAGAGAGAGAGAGAGAGGGAAGGACAACAGUUGAAUGUUGACAGAGGGAGUGAGGAGAUUAAUCGGGAGAGAAACAAAAAGGAGGAGAGAGAGGGAAAAAAGAGAGAAAGUGUAGAAAACGAAUAGAUACACAUUGACAGAGUGGACUGGACUGGACUUCAAUGAAGCUCUGACAUCAGCUAAAUAAAGGGAGAGAAGAGAGAGCGUGAGAAAGGAGGUCACUGCAGUCCAAAGUAGGUGCUGUGCACUAUAGUUCGCUUAUGCAGGAGAGUUAGGACAAACACAGACAGACAGACGUUCACUGCACGAUUGAACCAUGUUGAUGAAGGAGUACAGAAUAUGCAUGCCACUAACUGUGGAAGAGGUAAGUGUGUGUACACUGGAUAAGUGUGUGUUUGUCUGUGAGCGUGUGUGGGGGGGGUUGUCAGUGUGUGUGCAUGCUUGUGUGUUUGAAUGUGUGUGUACUGUAGACCGCUGCUGUAAAUAUAAGGUGACAGCUUUUCAUGUGAUCUUGAAAGUGUUAAAGUUGCUAGAAUACAGAUGUAGGAUCUUAAUUUGAUCACCCUGUUGCAGGACAUCUUGGAGUGGAUUUAAGGGUUUAAUUUACGAUAAAUGUAUCACCCUCUACAAAAAAUGUAUAUUCAUUAUAAUCCAUAUCAUAAUUCAGAUUUGCUGUUGUUGCAGGAUUAUUUUCCUGCUGUAGCAAACUGGAUCAAAUUAAAAUCGUACAUCUGUAAGAGCACUACACACAGGCAUCCUGUAGUUGAGUAGUGUUGUUCAUGUGGCUGGCACUCUGUAUGGUCCUGCAUGUACCUAAUCUCAGCUCUGUGUUGCUGUCUGUCAGCAUGGGGUGAACAGACUACACCUGGCAAUGAGCAUCACAAUGUUAUUGUGUCUAAAUUAUCGCUCCAUCUGUUCCUCUCUCUCUACCUCUACCUCCAUCUCACUCUCUCUCCUCCUCUCCCUUUUUUCCACACAAACAAGUUGGACUGGUUGAGGCUUACAACCCCAAACGUCAACAAAGGCAUUUGGCCUGGAGGUUAAAAACAGACAGAUUCCACCAGGGUGUAAGAAGUGGUGGGUGGACGAGGGUUUAGGGGGAAGGUGCUCUAGAGUGCCCUCAAAGGGAAGUUCCUUGUUCCCUCGCUCCCUCCAACCACCACAACAAAGCAGUUAUACCUGUCAUAGUGUUUAAGUCUGAGCUAUCUGUCUGGAACAGUGUUAUGUAGAUGUUUAUUAUUAGAACAUGCUGUGCCGGAAACUUCAAUUGAUACUUCACUAUGAAACCAACUUUGGUCGGAUGUUAGGCCACUUCUGUGGUCUGGAAACGUGUGACAAACUUUAGAGUGAACUAUAACUUUAAGAUCACUAAUGUUUGAGUGUUUGUGUAAGCUUUAGCUAGUGUGAUCACAGGGUUUUUAUGGAUCAAAAUGGGGCUUAGCUGGUGGGCAUGGCCAUGGGCCUGGCCAAUGCUGCUGUGGCCGACCAAAAAUGUUUGAGGCCUUCCAGUCGGCCGCAGUUUUAAAGCUAAUUUCCUGCAAUUCCAUGCAUGUUGCCAUGGCUUAUGCUAUGUGAGUGACUCAAAAAUUAUAACAAAAUCAAUGGGGGCCCCAUGUCAUGACAAAAACACUCCUGAAUGUAUAAUUUCUUUGAAUGUUAGAUUAUCCCGGACUGGCUAACUUUUAUUUCGGUGACUGUUGGUCCUCAAAGAUGAUUGUAUUUAAAAAUAUAUAGGUCCUUUAUCUUUUCUACAUACUUUAUAUCUGGUUUUAUUCAUUUAAGUUUACACUGAAAACGUUUUUCCCAUCAUUAUUAUUAUUAUUAUUAUUAUUAUUAUUAUUAUAAUAUAAUAUAUUUCUUUACUGUUUGGACAUAGGCGCCCGAAAAAAACACGUAGGCAGCCCGCCCAAUACUUUUCUAUGCAGACAAAACCCUGGAUCAGUGUCGUGUAUGAUCUAUCUGAAAGUAGUCUCUGUAAAAUCACAUAGAACCAAAUCCUAAGGUGAGAUCCAUUCCACGUGUGGAACUCAGACUCUCAUGGUCUGAUGGGGAAGCGCAUUAAGAUUCCUGUGCAGCUUUAGUGGGAUCAGCUUAUAGUUCCACAUUCAAACCAUAGCACUGUUUAUGCAAUGUCUGCACUCACGCACACAUACACACACACACUUCUAAUUCUGAGGGGAGUGUAGCUGGUUGUCCUAGUAGGUUGAUGGGUUAAGACACAGGUAUGUGUGUGUUUCGUUUUUAGUCAAAGGGUGGGUGACAAAUUAAGACAGGUAUGUGUGUGUUUCAUUUUUAGUCAAAAGGUGGGGGACAAAUUAAGACAGGUAUGUGUGUGUUUCGUUUUUAGUCAAAAGGUGGGGCACAUAUUCACAUAAUAUAGUUGCUGUCUUACUGCACUGUAUGUUUCUGUAAUCGUCAGUACAUGUUAAACACAUUAACCACAAAACUGUCACAGUAAUCUGAAGUCAAAGAGAAACAUAAUGCUGUGUGGGUUUUUGUUGUUAGUCAAAGGAUGGGUGACACAUUCAUUUAGAGAAUGGCCAGACCAGAGACAUAGAUAUCCAUUCACAUAGUGGCCAUCCCAGAGACAUAGAUAUCAAUUCACACUGCUAUUUAAGUCAAUAUUUAUUGUGUACGAUCUACAUUGUAUUAAGACAGGACUGUGUGAAUUGACUCUCCCCCUGCUCCUUUAAUCUCUCUUCUCAUCUCUCCCCCCCACCCCCAGUAUAAGAUUGGGCAGCUGUACAUGAUCAGCAAACACAGUAGUGAGCAGAGCGGAGGAGGGGAGGGGGUGGAGGUGGUGAGGAACCAACCAGACUCACAUCCCCAACACGGCCUGGGACAGUUUACUGAGAAACGCAUCUACCUCAGCAGGUAACACAGGCACGCAUGCGCACGCAAACACACACCUACUAUCCCACACUCACCCCUAUGGCCUAGCCCUAGAACAUACCACACACAUACGUCUACCUCAGCGGAAGGUAACAGUACAUUCCUCCCCUCUGUCUGUCUCUCUCUCUGACAGUAAACUGCCAUCCUGGGUGAGUGUGUUUGUCCCCAGGGUCUUCUAUGUGACCGAGAAAGCAUGGAACUUCUAUCCUUACACCAUCACAGGUCUGACAACACUAUUCUAUCCACCACAUACACAGCCUUUUCACCUGCUACCAACUUGUACUUCCUAUAGGGUCAAGUCAACAUACAACAUAGAAAGUUACUUUGUUUCCUUGUCUGCACACAAUCUGCCUUAUCGAGACCCUAUUUACUUUAAACAUCUGUCGUUCCACAUGUUUUUAAAUAUGUGUGUGUGUGCCUGUGUGUGGUGUGUCACUAAUGAUGUUCCUCUCUAUCCGUAUGGAACUUCCGCGGUGUGUGCUUCAGAGUACUCAGUAAGUAUUCACACAUCAUUUGCAUGAAGCAUGCAGUAGAGCUCAUCAGUCUCCAAAUGUCUGUGUACAUAUCCUCAUCUGUCUACUCCUCUCUCCCUCCCUCCUCUCUCUCUCCAUCCUUCUCUCUCUCUCCAUCCUUCUCCCUCCUUCCAUCCUUCUCCCUCCCACCUUCUCUCCCUCCCUCCUUCUCUCUCCCUCAAUUCUUAUCUCUCUCCCUCCCUCCCUCCUUCUCUCUCCCUCCAUCGUUUUCUCUCCGUCCAUCCUUCUCUCUCCCUCCCUCCUUCCCUCCAUCCACAUCCAUCCUUCAUCUACUGUAGGUGUCGUUCCUUCCCAAGUUCAGCAUCCGUAUUGAGACCAGGUUCGAGAACAACAAUGGCGACAACAAUAAUGUGAGUAUGACCGAAGGAGAGAGAGAAGUGGGGUGUGGGGGGGGAGAGAGAGAGAGAAAUUGUAAUAUUCUCUACAGUGUGAGGAGAAUGCUCAUCAAAUUGAUGUGGCCAUUACAAGGAAAACAAGCAAAGCACAGAAUGCAAUAUCGGCAGAUCUAUUAGCCAUCCACUGUGUGUGUGUGUGUGUGUGUGUGUGUGUGUGUGUGUGUGUGUGUGUGUGUGUGUGUGUGUGUGUGUGUGUGUGUGUGUGUGUGUGAGUGUAAGAGAGCGAGAAGGGUACAUGCUUGUAUUACAGGCUUGUUUCACCACCUUUUCUAUGGCCUCACGGAAUUCCGACACACAAACACAAUUCUGAGCUGGUUUGUCCCUACAGCAUGCCCCUGUAAUCUCUGGAUGGAAACCUGGGAACAAGACUGAACACACCACUGAACUCAUCUGGCUGUUAGUCUGUGUGUGUGUGUGUGUGUGUGUGUGUGUGUGUGUGUGUGUGUGUGUGUGUGUGUGUGUGUGUCCAGAAAUUUGACGAAGCUUGUUUCAACCUUCUCCCAGCUACAGGUUACAUGUGUUCAUUUUAGCAGAAACACAGACUCCCACACACACCCACACCCAUAAAUACACCUCUAUUACAACACACAGCAACAUAGAAGACAUCUAAAGGGCACAAAAGCACAACCAGAACAGAGGAACACCAGCAGGUUUAAAGGAUGAGGUAAAACAAUGCUUUUGACAUGGAAAAAUAGGAACUAUGACAAGUGUCAACAGACUAACAGACAGACAGGAGGACAAUACAUACGUUAUAUAAGAGAAUAGAUUCUUAAACACACAGAGACACAGGACAUAAUAGGAUCUGAAACCCAGCUGAUUAUCUGGCUGUGGGUUUGUCUCCCUGCUCUUCUCUUUGUUAAAUACCAGCAGAGGAAUGAACAUCUUCAAAAGAGACAUUACUCUCUCUUUCACUUUCUGUCAAGACAAGGGGACAGAACAGAACAGAAAGAACAGUGACUUUUCUCUCUCUUUCUUUGUCUCGUUCUCUUUCUCUCUUCUUUCACCCCCGCUCGUCCUUCUUCGCCUGCUCCCUCUCUCCUUGUCUCUCUCUUUUUUUGUGAUUUAGUGUGCUCCCUCUAUCUCCCUUCCCCCCGCUCUCCACCUCUUUCUCUCUCCCCUAAUCUCCCUCGACCUCACCCCCCCUCUCUCUUUCAUUCUCUCUCUCUCUUUCAUUCUCUCUCUCUCUCUCUCUCUCUCUCUCUGUGUCUGUGUGUGUGUGGUGAUUUGCUCAAGGCCUGAGGGUGGGGUAUUAUGAUGGGUGAUAUGGUGUGUGACCUCACUAUUCCCCCUCUUUCCUCAUCUACUAGUCCCUGGCUCCAGUGUGUGUGAGUCUGUCUAUUUCUGAGUGACCUCCCCCUCUGCUCGGUUGCAGGUAUUCGGGGAUAGGCCCACCCCUGCAGAGAGCGUGAGCCACCUGGAUAUCCUCGUUGACCCCAUCCCUGACAAACACUACAAGGAGACAGAGGUACAAGCGUGCACACACACAUUUCCUCCUUCUGAAGUUCCAGUAACUUCAGAAGGAAAUAUACACAGACACUUGUGCAAUCUAUGCAUCUUGGGCCACAGAUGCCUAUCAUGUUGAAUCACUCAUUUAUUAUAUGUGAGGUAUUGAGCAACAACCUGCUUACACAGGCCUACGCACACACACACACACACACUCCCCCUCCCCCUACACAACAGCCAGUGAUUUAGCUCCGUCAUCAGGUAAUGUGUACUUUGUGUCUCUGUAGGACCUGAGUCGCUGGGUGUCUGAGAAGACGGGCAGAGGCCCCCUGGUGGAAGGGUGGUGGAAGGACAGCACCCCCAUUAUGUGCUCCUAUAAGAGGGUGAAGUGCAGUUUCGAAGUCUACGGCCUCCAGGGCAAGACUGAGGACUUCAUACACAGGGUGAGAGGAAACUACAUUUACCAUCAUGCAUCAGGUGAGAACCUGACCUAAGGGUCAAAAUGUUGUUUCAAGAAACACAUUUGAGAGCAUAGAUUGUGUUUGGGGAAUCUUCUUUUCUUUUUGCUCAAUAUAUACACUUUGAUCUCCAGCAGCACCUGCUCAAAGCCUUUGGAUGUGUUUCUUUGAUGUAAUACAUGUAUUUUCUCUGUUGUGUAUGAUCUGACAGAACAUCCAGGACAUCCUACUGGUAGGACACAGACAGGCAGUAGCCUGGAUAGAUGAAUGGCACGGUCAGUAGAGGACAUGGUUAUAAUGCCUUAUAACAUAUAGGACAUGAUUUAUAAUAGAACGUGGUUAUAAUGCAUUAUAUUAUAGAACAUGGUUAUAAUGUCUUAUAACACACAGGACAUGAUUAUAAUAUGACAUGUUAUAAUGCUAUAUAACAUACAGAACAUGAUUAUAAUAGGACAUGGUUGUAAUGCAUUACAUUAUAAAACAUGUUUAUAAUGCAUCAUAACAUAUAGGACAUGAUUAUAAUAGAACAUGGUUUUAAUGCUAUAUAACAUAUAGGACAUGAUUAUAAUAGGACAUGGUUAUAAUGCUUUAUAACAUAUAGAACAUGAUUAUAAUAGGACAUGGUUAUAAUUCUUUAACAUAUAGAACAUGAUUAUAAUAGGACAUGGUUAUAAUGCAUUAUAUUAUAGAACAUGGUUAUAAUGCAUUAUACUACAUCGUAAUUUAUGCCUUUCAAUGUGCUGUUGUUGACUGUUGCUGUAUGUUUUUGUUCGGACAUGCUUAUAAUGCAUUAUGAUAUACAUGGUUAUAAUGCAUUAUGAUACACAUGUUACAUAGUUUAAUGCAUUAUGAUACACAUGUUACAUGGUUAUAAUGCAUUAUGAUACACAUGUUACAUGGUUAGAAUGCAUUAUGAUACACGUUACAUGGUUAGAAUGCAUUAUGAUACACAUGUUACAUGGUUAGAAUGCAUUAUGAUACACAUGUUACAUGGUUAGAAUGCAUUAUGAUACACAUGUUACAUGGUUAGAAUGCAUUAUGAUACACAUGUUACAUGGUUAUGAUAAUGCAUUAUAAGCUCAUCAGUCUGUGCUUUUCCUUACAGGGAUGAGUUUGGAGGAUGUGAGGGAGUUUGAGCAACAGAUACAGGAACAGACCAACAGCAAACUCAAAUCAACCCAGAACAACAACACAGGUAACUAUUAGAGCUGGGACGAUAAACCAAAAAUUAUCGACACCGACCAUACCGAUCACUUAUCAAAGGCAUUUUGCUGAUAUCAUUCAUUACGAUAAGUACUCUAGAGAAAUGUGAAGUUUGAAAUUAAAUAAGUUUGCAAAUAUGGAUGAUUGUUAAUUGGAUAAUUGAUAGCUUCAACCACAAAACUAGUAGUUUAAAGGAUAAUAAUAAAAAACUGCGGUGCACAUUAACGUUAGAAACGUAUCGUUCUAUUUAUCGCUAUCGUAUCUAUUCAGGCAAUUUAUCGCUAUAUGGAUUUUUGUCCAUAUCACUCAGCUGUAGUAACUACUAUAGUCUACUACUGUACUAUUCUAUAUCAUCCCUUUAAUAGAGAACGAGAGAGUGGGCAAUGAGGAGGAGAGAGAGGAGAAAAAGAGGGGGAGUGUGGGGGAGGAUCGAGAGGAUAGGUAGUGGAGAGAAAGGAGAGAGAGAUAGAAGGAAGAGUAAGGGAAGAGGAGAGAGCAUAGGGGGAAAUGAGGGAAAGUAGGGGAGCGGGGGAGGGAGAAAGAGCAGGGAUGGGAGAGAAGGGGAGGGGGAAGAAGGGAAGAGCAUGCCGAGGCGGAGAGGUGGAGAGGAAGACAAAGAUCAUUGAGAAGAAGAAGAGGUAAGAGAGAGCGAAGUAGCAAAAUAUGUAUUUCACAGAAAGGAAGAGCAAUGAGAGCAGAGGAGAGUGAGCCCAACAGUCUGACGACUCAAACUGAAUUCUUCCGCUGCUCUAUGUUUGCUACAUACUUCAGUCUGAGACUGCAAUCAUUGAAAUUCGUUUGUGGUGACGUCCAAAUGAGGGCUGUUGUACAAAACAAAGUAAUCAGUGAUUGGAUCGUCUCUAUCCAAUCAGAGUAUCAAAGCCAAUGACGAAUUUUCUAAACGCUGCUUGGCCCGACCCAUCGGUUUCUGGGACCAAUCAGAACUGUUAGAAUAUGUUUGCGUUCUAGAAAUCGUUGUGUAGGUACUCAGAUCCAGACUCAUUGCAGAGAAGAAACUGUCUGUGGGCGUGGCCUAGCGUUUGGCUGGAACAAGGAGUUUGGGUAGCUAUUGCAGCACUUACUGCAAAUGUAUGCCCUAGUGGGGGUCUGCGUGUGUGUGGGGUCACUCUGCCCCCUGCUGGUGAGUCAUGAGAAGCUCGGCCGGCUGUUGCUGCUGAAUGAUAUCGAGGGCAGCAGCCAAGGAAUGGCCCGUAGCAUGUGUGUGUGUUACGGGAGACAUGAGGCUGAAAUGGAUUUGCAGUCAUUGCUCAGUCUCUCUGCUGCAGCUCGCUGCGCUGUCCUGACCACCUACAUGCCAGAACAUGCUACUGCAGGCACAUAUCAGAUUUUACACAAAAACAUUUCAUGCCAUUCAUCUCAUUUGGGGGAAAAAAUGUGUAUUUUUAUUAGGGGUGUGUGAACUGUGAAGGGAUGUGUAUUUGAAUAAUUUAACCCCUCAACUCCCCCCCCCCCCCCCCCCUUCGUUCCCCUCUUCCUCCCCCCGCCUCUUUCUCUCUUUCUCAUCGGCAGCAGCCCCUCGUCCGGCGUUCUACCGCUCUAUGUCUGUCACAGACGAGCGCUCUCUGAAGAAGAUGGGAGUGAAGACUAUAGCCAUGUCAGACCCCUCCACCUCCACACUGCCUCAUACCACUGUCCGCCUUAACUCCACCCCAGAGUAACACACACACGUUCAUGUUCAUACAGAUGCACCAAUUCCUGCCUGCCUUAAACCCCUCAGUGACAGUAACUACACUGCGACAGUUCCUUUUUUUUACACCAUCCACCACAAACACACUUAACCAAUAAAGCUACACCGUCCACAGAAGCAGCACUUAGAGCACUCACAUGCCUACCCCUUUCUCCAGCUGUAACUAUAUAACCCAUACACCCAACCCCCGGUCCUACCCCUUUCUCCAGCUGUAACUAUAUAACCCAUACACCCAACCCC